AUCUGGCGAGAGAGAAAAUACGCCAUGAAUUAUCCGCUGUAGCUCUGACCCUGCUCGCUCACCAUCACAGCCGAAGACGGGAGAAAAAGAAGCGAAUGUUUUGAAUUCUAGCUCACCGCAGAAUCUGCUGACAUCUGUAUACAUACAUACUGCAGAGCAUUAGUCAUCUCUCAUUGUGUGGAAUAGCUGCUUUUCCUUCUACCUGCUCAUGAAGAUGACUGCGUGCUUAGAGCUGAGCUCUGAUUAUAUCUUUCCGCAACCGAAUACUGAAGUAGCAUGGAUACCUCUCAAUAAUUUUGGUCUUGUGGACCGAAAGGACUGACAAAAGAGAACAGGAAAAUCUAAUACAGGAAAAUGGGAAUUCUCUUUGUUUUCGCAUGUGCCACUUUCCUUGUCCCCAUAAGCAGAGCUCAGGAGAUAAGUCCUAACAUCACAGAGCUGACCACCAAGAAUAUAGACUUUGCCAUGGAUCUGUACCGCAAGAUCUCCAGCUACCACGAUAACAACAUCUUCUUCUCGCCCCUGUGCAUAUCAACUUCCUUUGCUAUCUUGUCCAUGGGUGCUGAGGGGCCCACACGUGCAGAGAUCCUAAAGGGGCUGAACCUGGAUCAGCUGGAGCGAGACGGUCAGCCAGAGCUAAUCCCAGAACUCUUUCAGCAGUUACAGAAGAACAUCACCCACGAGGACCUGCAGCUAGCCCAGGGCACAGCCCUCUUUGUCCGUAUAGAGUUUGAGGUGGAGAGGGCCUUCAGUGACCAGAUCAAGAAGUUCUUCAAUGCAGAUAUUCAGAACAUAGACUUUGCUAAGCCAAAGGACAGCAAGACCACCAUCAACGAUUAUGUGAAGAAGAGCACAGGAGACAGAGUAAAUGAAGCAGUCAGUGACAUUGAUCCCUUCACUCAGAUGAUACUCAUCAAUACUAUCUUCUUUCAAGGAAAAUGGGAGCUCCCAUUUAACCCCAGUCACACCGAGAAGGACCGCUUCUAUGUGGACAAGUACAACAUUGUACAGGUGCCCAUGAUGUUCAGGGAGGAUAAAUAUUACUACGCCAGUGACGACGCUUUACAAGUGAAGGUCCUGAGGCUGCCGUACAAGGGGGAUAUGGCCAUGCUCAUCCUCCUGCCUAACAAAGAUGUGGACUACACCUCCAUCGACGAUGAGAUCAAUGCAGAGCGAUUCCUCGGCUGGAUCAAGCAGCUGCAGAUCACGAAAAUAGAAGUGCAUUUGCCCAAGUUCAAGAUGGACCAGUCCUAUGAAAUGCACAAGAUUCUUCCCCAUCUGGGCAUUGCCAAGGCCUUCGAAAACAUGGCCAACUUCUCUGGGCUGAGCAAAGAGCAGGGACUGAAAGUGUCUGAGGUGCUGCACAAGGCUGUGAUCGAGGUGGACGAGAGGGGCACCACAGCAGCCGCUGCCACGGUCACUGGUAUCACCGGAUACUCCUUGCCCUCCACUUUUAUCGUCAACCGGCCCUUCUUCUUCUUCAUCUACCACGAGAUCAACAAUAGCCUGCUGUUCAUGGGAAGGGUGAUCAACCCUACCAAGAUGUAGCGGCAUCCAGCGGCUCCUCGUGGAAAAUUCACAUUUGUCUGUUGCUCCGCCAGAAAACAAGAACGACGUUUGGCCAUUUGCUAGUCUUAUGUAUAGGAAGAACAAUUUUCAAUAAACACAGUAAGUAAAUACAA